GUCUUUUUGGUGUUUGGGUGUCUGAUGGCGCUCGGAUGCCUAUACAUUCCAAAGGCCUUUCUUGGUCCCAUGAAUUGAGAUUGGAGCGUUCAGUCAUGGUCCCAUUGCAAAUUUGAAAUUGAAUUUGAUGGGAUAUUCUGAAAGAAGGAGAUUCUUAUGCUACAUGAAGAACCAAGGACUUUCAUGGAGUCAAGAGACUAGGAGAAGAAGCUGCUUGCAUUUCUCACUAUUCCUGAAUAUGGGGUGUUCAGGAAAUAGGUGAUGAAAAGAUUUGGUAUCUAUUAUUCAUUCCCUGUGCAUAAAAUCACUUCUGCCAUGCUGAAUUCUCAUAUAUAGGAUUGGGCAGACAGUGGCUUCUGUUUAGUAAUGAAACUUUUGGGUGAAACAAUCAUAUCUGAAGGAUUUUGUUGUCUAUUGCCAGAAUUAGUAUUCUCGCUCUUCUUAGACUGAGGCAGUGGAGGUCUUCAAGAAACUGAAAUGGAUGAUUUUAUUGAUCCCUUCCUUUCACCGUUGACAUGGCCAGAUGCAAAUACCUCUGCAAGGUCAUCUUGGAUUGGCACUGCUGUAUCUCAGACAACUAGCUUAGUUGCUGGUUCAAUGGAAGCAUAUGGAGGAGAUGAAAAGAACCCACCCAUAAGUGUGAUACCUUCAAAUCGUAUUAUAGGGAAUGCAUGUACGGAUGAAUUAAAUCUGCAUAGCCAUGAUAGCACCUCUUCCAUGUUCCUUGAUGGAAAUCUAAAGUAUGCCAUUGAUAAGGACAUAUUUCCUGGUGAGAAAUUAUCUCUGCAUAAGGUACAUAGACAAAACUCAGAGUCAUCCCUCCAAGACAAUGCAACGCAGGAAAGUAAUUUCUCACUACAGGGUGUUAUAGAGAGUAAUUCAACAGCAGGAACGUUUGGCUCGGAAUUGAAUCCAUCAUGCUCUGUAACACUUCCUCAUAGCACACUGACCAUGGGCAGUUCAAUUGAGAGCAAUGGCUGCGAAUUAUCUACCUUCCAGCAGUCACUUGGAGAUGCUCAUUCAAUUUCUUCACUUCCUGCAAUGUGGCCUUCAUCAUACACAGGUGUUUCUUCUUUAAUGGGACAGGGGAGACUACAAGCAUUUGGUUUCCAAGGGCUGGAAAGUGAUAAUGUUAUGUUGAGGGAAACAUGCGUUGAGAAUGGCAAAUUUGCACAGCUGGAGGAUUUGCCUGGAGCAUCUCUUCAUGAACAUAAUGAGCCGCACAACCCUAAUUUGUCUUCUUUCAGUGCUGGACAACAGAUAAAAUUGCCUAGUGUUGGUUUGCAGCAACAGGAGCAAAAUGGGUUGCACAACCUUUGUUUGCCCUCAUUGGCUUCUCCACCACAAAUGUCACCAACUAAAACAGCAGGAGUACAGAUUUGUCAACAGUUGCCACCAUCUACUCAAGCGAACACUGGCAAGCAUCACGUGAAUCAUUCUUCUAAUACUCAAUCACAAUCAGCUCCAGCUAAUGCUGGUGGUGGUUGCAAUGGAGCUGUCAAGCCACGUGUGAGAGCACGUCGUGGACAGGCCACUGAUCCUCAUAGUAUCGCAGAACGGCUUCGGAGAGAGAAAAUCGCUGAAAGAAUGAAGAAUCUGCAGGGGCUCGUGCCAAAUUCAAAUAAGACAGAUAAAGCAUCAAUGCUGGAUGAAAUCAUUGACUAUGUCAAAUUCCUUCAGCUGCAGGUCAAGGUUUUAAGCAUGAGUCGCUUGGGUGCAGCUGGAGCAGUGGUCCCCCUACUCACAGAUUCUCAAUCUGAGGGCUCUGGCAGUCUGCUCCUAUCAACAUCAUCAUCAUCAGUUGGGCAGGGAGCAGAUUUAUCUGAGUCGCAGGAUACCUUAGCCUUUGAGCAAGAAGUUGCGAAGCUGAUGGAAUCCGACGUCACUACGGCAAUGCAGUACCUUCAGAACAAAGGCCUCUGCCUCAUGCCAAUUGCUCUUGCCACUGCAAUAUCUAAUCAGCAGGGCUCCUCCUCCUGUUCCAUUCCACCUGACAGAAGGAAAGCUGAUAUGAACCAUGGGGUGAUCUGUCCAGAAGAUGGAGCCAAUGGCUGCAACGGGCCUGGUGUUAAACGAGAAGAGCCUUAGAAACCGAUCGGCAACCAAAGAGAGUCGAAACCAAAGGAAUGAGAGCUAACUGAAUUUGACUUUUCUAUCCUUUAUUUCUAAUUUGUUUGCUCCUAAGACUUCUGUUUUUGAUCAGCAGGCUGUUUGGAUGUCCUUUGGUAACUGAUGUAUAGGCUUAUUCAGCAUACAUGUGGAUGUGUGGACUGAUAUUUUGUAUACCAUACAUAUACAUGUAUAUUUAUGCAUGUAUUUGUAUGUAAAGUAAAUAAAUAAUUUUAUUGGUAUGGGUUAAAUGAAUUUGGGAGAUAAAUUGUUUGGGAUGGUUUUAA